AUGGCACCGCUUAUUCCAAUCCUGCUCCUCUGUCUUCAGGCAGUGGGAGUAGUCGCUGGCGGACACCAUGGACACAUGCAUCAUCAUCAUGUCAAUCAUGCCAGAGCAAAGAACGGGUCGUCGGCCGGCGAUGCAGCGGACAUCGUCAAGCAGGCUCUUGCAGUCCUGGCGCACGUCAAUCGAGAACGGGUCGAGUACCCCAAUUUCAACAAGAACGAGUUUCAAAACACAUCUUCCGUCUUGACCAAAGUAUCUUCUGCGCAGCCGCUGGACUAUAGCGCAGACGCGCUGAAGAAUGCAACCUUGAAGGCGCGAGAUUCCUCUGAACAAACCGGUAACUCUGCAUAUACCAUCCCAGACAAGCUGGCCGCAGCCGCUCGCACUCUGGCGGAAUCCACUCCCCAGAAGCCGCAGGGAGACCACAGCCAAGUUGCCACCCAGAUGCGAGCCAAGUAUCGCACCAAGGGAAAUGACACGAACACCCCUCAUCAGGCAUUGAUCCGUCCAGAUGGCUUGUACGACUACUCGCCCUUCGGCGUGAGCACAGCCGAGUACAAGACAAAUGGCGCGGACGGGGUUACUAUUGAGAAGCGGGGUACCCCCACUGAGUACUGGAUGUCAACCAUGCAGAAGAAUGGUGCUAGCCCCUUCGCGCCGGAUUCCUACAAGGUCUGGCGUAAUGUGAUGGAUUAUGGAGCCAAGGGUGAUGGAGUCGCCGAUGACACCGAGGCUAUCAACAAAGCUAUCUCGGAUGGAGGUCGCUGUGGCGCCAACUGCGGUUCGAGCACCAUCUAUCCGGCUGUUAUCUGGUUCCCUGCUGGAACCUACCUGGUUAGCACGUCGAUCAUCCAGUACUACAAUACGCAGUUCCUGGGAGAUCCUCUCUAUGUUCCGACGAUUCUCGCAGCAUCGAGCUUUGUUGGCUUGGGUGUUGUGACAUCGGACGUCUAUGUUGGCGACGAAGAGGAAUGGUAUGUCAAUCAGAAUAACUUCCUCCGGAGCAUCCGGAAUUUCAAGAUCGACAUCCGACUUACCGACCCGUCGGCCUAUGUCUGCGCCAUUCACUGGCAAGUUGCCCAGGGUACAUCGCUGGAGAACAUUGAGUUUUAUAUGCUGUAUAACACCGAUGUUCCCGAGAAUACGCAGCAGGGUAUCUACAUGGAGAACGGCUCCGGUGGAUAUCUCGCCGAUCUGACUUUCGUGGGCGGCAAUUUCGGUGCCUACUUUGGAAAUCAGCAGUUCACCACUAGCCAGCUGGUCUUCGUGCAAUGUAACACGGCCCUACAGGUUCAUUGGGAUUGGGCGUGGACUAUGCAAGACUAUGUGAUUGAAAGCUGCCAGAAUGGACUGACUAUCGUUGGAGGAGCCGGUGGUCCCAUGAGCAACGGCCAGGGAGUCGGAUCUGUCGUUCUUGCCGAUGCCAUCAUCGCGAACACUCCCAACGGAAUUAUCACCUCUCUGUACGAGGAGAACUCCACCUCGUUCCUUAUCCAGAAUGUGGGCUUCUUCAACGUUGAGACUGCCAUCCAGGAUUCUGCCAAAGGCCAAGUCCUUCUCGCCGGUGGCAAUGAGGUCCUCAAGGACUCCUGGGGCUUUGGUAUGACAGUUAACAACUCCACUGGCGCUGCAUCAUUCGUCAAUGGCCAGGACAUUCCCGCAAUGAACCGCACUGAGGAACUCCUUGGCACUGACGCCUACGUAAAGUCUAACUUGUAUACUCGUCGCCGUCCCAAGUACGAUGAGCUCACUGCAAGCCAGAUCAUGAAUGUCAAGGCACUGGGUGCCAAGGGUGAUGGAAAUACUGAUGACACAAUCAUUCUGAACAACAUCCUCUCUCAGGCCGCCAAUCUGUCUGCUGUGGUAUACUUCCCGUUCGGCGUAUACGUUAUCAAGGAUACCUUGCGUGUUCCAGUCGGCUCGCGGAUCAUCGGCCAAGCCUGGUCCCAGAUUAUGGCGACGGGCGCGAAGUUUGAGGACAUAGAAAAACCCCGUGUGGCCGUGCAAGUUGGCCAACCUGGGGACACGGGAAUUAUCGAAAUCCAAGAUAUGAUGUUUACUGUUUCGGGACCGACAGCCGGGGUUAUCUUAGUAGAGUGGAACGUCUAUCAAUCGUCUAAAGGAUCUGCAGCCAUGUGGGAUUCGCAUAUCCGUAUUGGAGGUGCAAUUGGAUCCAAUCUCCAGAAGGAUGAUUGUCCCAAGCAGACUGGCUCAGUUAACCCAGAUUGCAUUGCUGCUUCACUGCUACUGCAUCUGACGCCAAAGUCCAGCGCGUAUAUGGAAAAUAUCUGGGUCUGGGUUGCAGAUCAUGAUCUUGAUGUGGUCACUCAGGACCAGAUCGAUGUGUACUCGGGACGAGGAAUCCUUAUCGAGAGUCAGCUCGCAUGGUUGUACGGCACCGCAUCAGAGCACAGUGUUCUUUACCAGUACCAGCUCUCCGGUGCUAAGAACAUCUUGAUGGCUAUGAUUCAGACCGAGUCCCCUUAUUUCCAGCCCGUCCCUCCAGCGCCGGCUCCAUUCACUACGGGAAUGUUCCCCAAUGACCCCCUCUUCAAUGACUGCAAAGAGGACUCUUUCACUUGUGCGAUCUCCUGGGGCGUUCGUAUCAUCGACUCCUCGUCUAUCUACAUGCUUGGCAGCGGCUUGUACAGCUGGUUCUCCGACUAUUCGCAAGACUGCCUGGAGACUGAGAACUGUCAGGCGCGUGUAUUCGAAAUUGAGGAGAGCUAUGACAUUUGGGUCUACAAUCUGUGCACGAAAGCAAUCGUCGAGAUGGUUUCGCCUGUGAAAUCGGUACCGACCUAUGCUAAAGACAACAUGAACGGUUUCCUGUCCUCCAUCCUGGCAUGGCUGAACGGUGCAGAGCAAACGGCCGGUCACCGUGACUUCCCUGGCUUCUCUCUCUACACUACAGACAGUUUGGAAGACAUGGACCUCUCAGCGAGCUGUAUCACUGCGCUCGCUGAGCGCAUAGAAUGCGACUUGUACCUGCGCACGUUUACGGAACCGAGCUAUCAUGGUUCCUUGAACAACGACACUCUGACGGAUUCCAUUUGCGACACUAGCUGUGGUGUCAGUCUCAGCAAGUGGUUCAAGUCUGUGAGCCAGAACUGUGCCACAUACAACAUCACUGGGGCUGUCGCUCCCUUGUUGGGUGGUCGUUUGUGGGCCGGCUAUAAUGAAACCUGUCUCAGAGACCCCGACACUGAUGAAUACUGCAAUGACGUUAUUGAAAACUUCACCCUCGUAAGCAGCAUUGACGAGAUGCCCGAAAGCGAAAUGUGCUCCUACUGUAACGUGGAGCGACUGGAGAUGAUGCGGCGGAGCCAGUACUCUUUCUAUAACGACUACUACAAAACCGAGCUGGAGACCGUCCACGAUAAGUGCGGUCUGACCGGCCCGACCGACAUCCAGCCCUCUCCCAUCACCCUUCCGGAGGAAGACCCCGCAGAUUGUUUCACAACAACAUACAAGACCGUCGACGGCGACACUUGCGACUCCAUUGCGCAGGCUAACAGCAUGAGCUCUGCAUCUAUCUAUAUGGGCAACCAGGAUCAAAUCUAUGCCUGCUCCAAGAUCCCUGCUGACAUGACCCUCUGUCUCCCUCUAAGCUGCAGCGACAUCUACACCCUCCUCCCAGAUGAUACCUGCACAACCAUUGAGACCGCCGCCUCCCUCGAGAGCGGUGAUCUUCGAGUCUAUAACCCCUGGAUCUCAUUCGCCUGCGACAACCUCCACACUGCCAGCGCGAUCUACGGCAGUACUAUUUGUCUCAGCCCAAUUGGUGGCGAGCAUAAUGACACUGCCGGCAGUGAUGAGUCCAGUGGUACGAACCCCGGCUUCGCAGACGGAUACGUCUACGAGCCGACGGAUCCGCCUGCCAACUCUACCGUUGCGGAGGGUACAACCCUCAACUGCGGAAAGUGGUAUGAAGCGGCUGGUAACGAGACCUGCGCUGCUAUCUGUAUCCAGUCGUCCAUCACGAGCCCUUUGUUCUUGGAGGUGAAUCCUUCCUUGGACUCGGCGGGUUGUACGGAUAGCGUGCACGCCGGCUGGACAUAUUGUGUUGGGCCAACGUAUACGUGGAAUGUGACUACUAUAGAUGAUGGGGAGUUGCGAGCAGAAGCAGUACUGCUGCCGUCGUGA